AUGCCCAAUUUGCUAGGAAAAUUUGCCUAUAUCAACGGAUAGAACAAUUAAAUCAUUGAUGAAGAAGAUAAUAGGAAAUACUCAUUUGAAGACGACUUAUGGGAUUCUCUGAAUUCAAUCAGUUUGAACUUUAGAAGAGGAAACUAGUUUCUUAAUGGAUUCUCUAAUUUCUGCAAAUCUUACAAUAAGACUCUCUAGACUUUUAGUUACGGUCUUCAAAAAUGCUCUGAGUAGUUUGAGAAAGAUAUGCUGUAAAACAAAAUUUUCGACACGACAUCAAUAGCUAUAACGAAUAUUAAGCAAGGAAUAGAGGAAAUAAGUCAUAAAGUAUCAUAAAAAGUCACCAUCAUCUAUAAUGACCUUAUUGAACCCUUGGAAGUUUAUCAAAAGAACUACGUAUAAACUAGUACAGAGUUGAUAUCUUAGGCAAAGACAUAUUGGCAUACUCUGGAAGAUGAAAAGAAAAAGCUUAGUCUAAUUAAGGAAAGAUAUUGCAAGCUUAUGUCUGAUGUGGAAUAAAGUGAAAUAUAGAUUGAGGUCGCAUUGCUUUAGCAUGAAAAAGGAGUCAUCACUCUUGAAUAAGUAUAAAAAAUUACUAACUCAACACUUAAUGUUAAAUACAAAGCAGAGCUUGCAUCUCAAGAGUAUAAGAAGGAGGUUGAGUACGUAAAUCUCCAACUAUCUAAAUUUGGAGUAGAGUAUAAACCAAUGCUGUCUAAACUUUAAUAAGGAGAGGAAUCUAGAAUAAACUUUCUCAAAUACAGUUUUGAAAAGUUUUUAAAACAUCAAUCUCUGCUUGGAAAAAUAGUGCUUGAUAAGUCAACAGAAAUUCAAAGUUCAGUUCAAAUGAUUAAUAGUGAGACUGAUCUUAAAAUCUUCAUUGAUGAAAACAAAACAUAUUAGUAAUUCGAGUCAAGAGUUGAUUUUUAAGUCUUUGAGCACUCUAGAGAUGUGCAAUAACAAAAAGCUGAACUUAUUGACUAGAUUAACUAAUAAAAAUAGUAAAAUACUAUUAGCCAGAUUGAAAAGGAUUUGAAACUUAAUGAGCUUGAGGAGCAUAUAUUGCUAGAAUAUCUUAAUAGGAUAAUGAGAGGUAACGAUUUGAGUUUUGAUGAAAAAAGUGAAAUUAUAUCAUCGUUGCAUAAUCCAACUAUCAGGGAUGUGGAUGAAAACUACAAAGUAGUGUGGUCUAUCCUUCAUUCUUCCUAGCAGAUAUUUACAAUCAAAGAAAUUGAUGGGAAGGAGAGACAGAAGAUUUACCUGACUUAGUAUUUAAGUGACCAUGGUAUUUGGCAAGAAUAGCAAGUUUGGAAAUAGUGCAUUCAUAAGAUUAUUAACCAAAAAUUUCAUGAAGCAAUACAAUCACCAGCUGCAAUUAACUCUAAAUAAAUUCAACAACAUAAUCAGCCAAAUACUCUAUCAUCUGGCUCUUUAUUAGGUUAACUUGGAAAAUUAAAGGGAUUCUGGGGUCAAGGGAAAUCAGAUGAUAAAGAUCAAUCUGAUAAAGAUAAAUCAUUAUAAAAACCAUUGAGAAUACCAAAGAACCUAGCAUAAAAUAUUAUCUUCAAUAGUUUAAGUAAAUUCUUAUACCACUUCGUUAACUUCCAAUUAUCCUUUGAGAGCUCAAAGGAAGUAUUGCUAGCAUUCUGUAAUAAAUAUGAGCUAGAUUAAAAUAGGACACAUCUACUAUUAUCUGAGUUAGAGAGUAUCCAAAAGAAGACCAGAUUCUCAAUAAAUAGUAAAGACAUACUAGAAAUAUCAAGACUCAAAAAAUCUCAUAGAUUUGAAAAGUUUGGAGAAGGAAUUUAUUUAAUUCUCUAGUUUGUAGUUAAAUACAUUGAUAAUGACAAGGAAUUGUCAAAUGUUAUUCUGCUCAACAAAUAAUGCAAGUAAAAAUUAACUACAGUAGUUUUUAAGCAAGCUCUUUUAUUCUCACAGCCAGAGAGACUUAGAGCCAAAAGAUUGCCUAUAUGGGAAGCAAUUCUCAAAAUUAAAGAAAAUCAAAGAGAUUAUUUUGCUUUUAGAGACAAAGUGAUAAACAACAAUGAAAUCAUUUCAAAUGUAGAAGAGGUGAUAAUAAUGGAUGUGUAGAGAUCAUUUACAAAGACAAAGCAAAUAGAUCCAGUUGUUUUGACUAACAUUCUGAAAACCUACGCAUUUUUCAACCCAGAAAUAGAGUACUGCUAAGGAAUGAACUUUGUUGCUGGAUUUCUGUUCUUAGUAUUAAAAGAUGAAGUUAAGGCUUUCAAGGCACUUCAAUAAAUAGUGGAAGCCCAUGAUAUGGCUGAAUUAUUCAACACAGAACUGCCAAAACUUAAAUUGUUUUUCUACUAAUUUGAUAGACUUCUAAAUAUCAUUUUGCCAUAGGUUCAUAACCAUUUCAAGAACCAAGAAGGGGAUAAUCUUAGUGAAAGAUUAAUGCAACUCUGGGAUUACUUCUUGACAUGUGGCUGGAAGGCAAUUUUCAAGAUGGGUUUAUCAGUACUGAAAAAUAAUCAAGCUGAUCUAUGUAGAAUGAAUUUCGAACAGAUUCUUAAUUUUAUAACAGAAAAGCCAAAGACUAUUCUCUCAGAACACAUCAGUCUUGAUGAUCAAAGACCAAUAUUAUAUCAAGAAUUAAAGACUUGUCUAAAGGACACUCCCAAACUUGAUUUCAUUCUGACUAAGCUAGAAAGGGAGUUUAAGGAUUCAUUAGAAGCAGCUAAUCUUCCUAAAUAAGGUAACUUUGGAUUCUCCCCUCAAAAGCAGCAAAACAAUUCAAAUAGCUAGUAAAGACAAAAGGAAGAAGACAAAAUACAAGAAUUGUGA